AUGUUGGAUGAAAAUGAAACAACUUUGGAGCAAGAGCAGGAAGUGGAAGUGGAAGACGACGAGGAUGUUGGCCGAGUCACUUACGUAGCAGAUUUGGAAUCAUCAGAUGAUGAAGAUAUGGAAGAUAUUGAAGAUACAGCAGGAGGACAUUGGACCCCGCCUGACACUGAUAGCGAAGACGACGAUUGGCAACGACCAAAUGAGGCUCCGAAGAGGAGACGGCCUCAUGUUGAAAUCGAAUAUGAAGAUGAAACAGAAAACAUGUCUACCUUGGAUCCUGCCACAGGAUUUACCUGCGUUGCCUGCCACUUGGUAUUCAAAACGCCAGAACUCCAGAGGGAACACUACAGAACAGACUGGCACAGAUACAACUUGAAGCGACAG